AUGUCUCUUCUUAGUAGAAAUAUAUUCCGUGCCCUAGUGCAGGGAUCACAGCAUGUCAGCAAAGGCGUGCACACGACUGCGGUAAACAACGAUAAAAACCAAACGAAAGAGGGUCGUAUCAAAUGUACCCUCAUCCCCGGAGAUGGUGUCGGUCCAGAGCUGGUUUAUUCUGUUCAAGAGGUUUUUAAGGCAGCAAAUAUCCCAGUGCAAUUUGAAUCAUUUUUCUUCUCGGAGGUUAACCCAACUUUGAGCGCGCCUCUUGAAGAUGUAGUUAAUUCCAUUACAAGAAAUAAGAUUUGCAUCAAGGGAAUCUUGGCUACGCCAGACUUCUCACACACGGGAGAACUGCAAACAUUAAACAUGAAACUGCGUAAUGCACUGGACCUGUACGCUAAUGUCGUCCACGUGAAAUCGCUGCCGAAUGUCAAGUGUCGUCACAAUGAUGUCGACUGCAUCAUUAUACGAGAGCAGACUGAGGGAGAAUAUUCUGCUUUGGAACAUGAAUCAGUGCCAGGUGUUGUCGAAUGCUUGAAAAUUAUCACGGCAGCGAAGUCGGAGCGUAUUGCGAAGUUUGCAUUCGACUAUGCAGUUAAGAUGGGCCGUAAGAAGGUCACCGCCGUGCACAAGGCUAAUAUCAUGAAGCUGGGAGAUGGUCUCUUCUUGCGCAGCUGUGAAGAGAUAGCAAAACUGUAUCCGCGCAUCCAGUUCGAGAAGAUGAUUGUGGACAACUGCACGAUGCAGAUGGUAUCCAACCCCAACCAGUUCGAUGUGAUGGUGACGCCCAACCUGUACGGAAACAUUGUGGACAACCUCGCCAGCGGCUUGGUCGGUGGAGCCGGUGUUGUGGCCGGCGCUUCCUACAGUGCUGAAUGCGCUGUAUUUGAACAGGGCGCACGUCAUAUAUUCUCCGGCGCAGUUGGAAAGAACAUCGCCAACCCGACCGCCAUGUUGCUGUGCUCGGCCAAUUUGUUGGCGCACGUUAACUUGCACUCGUACUCGAAGAUGAUCAAGAAUGCUAUCAACAAAGUACUGAAGGACGGCAAAGUGAGGACCAAGGAUCUUGGCGGUCAAUCAACAACCUUAGAUUUCACCCAUGCUGUCAUCCAUUCCCUCGUGUAA